AUGGCGGCCAAUAUGCAGCACAUGGCUGGGGCCGGGCAGAUGAUGCAGCAGCCGAUGCGCAAGCCGACCCCCAAUCAGCUGCAGCAGAUAGUGUACCAAAACCUUGUCCAACACACACAGCCAUUCACUGGCAUAUGUUGGCAAGCCAAUGUAGCCAUCAGUGAUCGCAUGGGUAAGACCAUGAACUUGAUAACCAACAUUUCUCUGGCCAUGAACGGAGGGGACUACAUGAAGGGGGCUGAAUGGGGCUGCAACUUUGAGCGUGAAGCAUUUCACAAAUCUGCUACAAAGGAAAUUUACGAUCAGGAGAUGGGUAAUAAGAUCAUGGAAUUCUUUAAGAGACGCCAGGCCAAUGAACCCACACUCCAGAACAGUAUCAAUGUUAGCGCUCAAGCGCAGGCACAAGCACAAGCCCAAGCGAUGAUGAACAUGCAGAUGGGACGCGGCAUGGGCCAAGGCCCGCAGCAAGGCUUCCAGUCUAUGCAGCACCCGAUGCAAGGUGGCCAGAUGAACCAAGCACAACAACAAAUGCCGAUGAAUGCCGGAAUGAACAUGGGCAUGCCGAACCAAGCUGGUCGUGGGAUGGGUCCAGGCCAGCAGAUGGUAGGUAUGGGCGGAGGUCAGAAUCGACCUCAACCAACUUCAUUCCCCUCUGACAUGGCACGGCUUUCGCAACAAGACAGAGUAAAGGUUAGCGAGCUUGCACAAAAGAUGUUUAACACUGCCUCAGACCAGCAGAAACAAAACACCAGAAUGCAGCUUUCUCAGAGGAUAACCCCUACGCAGAUGAACGAACUCACUGCACAGGGUAAAGAUCCUCUGAUGUGGUUUUAUCAGAACCAAGCCUUCCAAGUUCUUAAAGCGAACAUGGCCAGAAUUCAACAAGGCCAGCAGCCGCAAGGGAUGGCACAGAAUCCCAACAACAAUCAAGCACCCAUGAUGCAACAGCAGGCAAGUCAGCAAGGACUUCGCCAGCAGCAGGCUCAGAUCUCUCAACAAGGGCAGCAACAGCAUGGUAUGAUGAAUGGCAAUCAGGGCAGUAACGACUAUAACUCUUUCGCACCCAACAUGGAUAGCAUCGAGAAACAGCAGAUGAAUGGUUUGAUGGCUCAGCAAGCCGGUCAGAUGGUAGUACCUGCCAGCGCCGGGCCGAAUCGAAACGCGACGCCCCAACCGAUGGGCCAGAACGCACCCAACCAGCAGGGUCCCAAUCAAGGCCAGCGACCGCCGCAACAACAGCAGCAGAACAUGAAUCUUCAGCAAAUGAAGAUGAACCAAGUCUCGCAGCAGUCACAGGCACAACUGCAGGCACAGCAGAUGAAGCAGAUGCAAAAUCAGGCAGGCAUGGCCGCCAACAUGCAGCCUUCCCAAAGUCCUGCAAUGAACACCCUUAACACACCUGUUUCUCGGCCUGGCAACAUGAACCAGGGCGCUGGACAGGGCGGUGUUCAGUUCGGCGACCAGCGAUUCAACCAAGGGGCACAGCGGCCUAACAACCAAACUUUCCAGAACAUGCUGGCAAGUCUACCGCAAGAGCAACGUCAGAUCGUGAGCGGUCUGACUCCGGAUAAGUUGAAUGAGGUAAUGCAGCGUUGGCAGUCAAAGCGUAAUGAGCAAAUGGGUCUAAAUAAUGGUGGACAGCUUCCUCCGGGGCAAAUGGGGAACCGAACUCCAAGCCAGAUGAACCAGAUGAACCCUAACGGUGCUGGACAAAUGCCAGUCAACAUGCAGCAGUCGCAAAAUGGAAUGCCUAUGAAUGGCAACCCGCAGCAAAUGCAGAUGCCUCGGCUGGCCCCGAACCAGCAGCUGGCCAUGAUGGACUCUAUGGAUUUACCUCCUCAAGUCCUCUCCCAGCUCCAGACUCAGAUUCCCCCAGAGGUCAAGAAAUGGGGACAGCUGAAGAUCUGGCUUCAGCAGAACAACAUUCCUCAGCAACUACGGACGCAACUGGCAGCUGUUCAACAAAGGCAGUUCCAACUCGCCCUUCAGCGACGCGCUAGUGCCAUGCAACAGCAGCAACCCGGCCAGCCAGGACAGCAGCUUUCACCCCAACAGCAAGGUCAACAACCGCAGCAGCCAGGACAAAACAAUGCCAACCCUGGCAUGCAAGCUCCAGGUGGACCUGGACCUAAUCCCCUCCAAGCAGGACGACCACAGAUGCCUGUCAAUAUACCAGCACACAUCCUGCAGGUUUCUCCGCACGAAAUAGCGACACUUAGGAAUAGACCUCAGUUCACUCAAGCGUCCGAUGAACAAUUGCGCAAUGCAAUUCUCCAGAUGAAGAGAAGUUCUUGGAUGAACCAGCAGGCGCAACAAAUGCGAAACCAACAAGCUCAGGCUCAUAUGGCGCAAGCCCGUAAUGGUCAAGGCCAGCAAGUUAUGCAGACACAGAUGGGUGUUCCCCCGACACAAAUGCAGCUCCAACAACCCCAGCCAAACCAAGCUCCUCAGGCCCAGAACAUGCCAGGAGCCAACAACAUGGGACCGAACAAUGCUGCUCAACAAGCGGCUCAGAAACAACCAAGCGUGACUCCAGAGCAAGCACGAAAUGCUCGCCCUCAGCCUGCCAACAACCGAGCACAGCCUCCAAACCCAUCGCCAGCAUCCGCCCCGAAAAAUCUCAAGCGCCCGAGUAACGACGAUGCCAUCGACGUACCCGAAGCCGCAAAGGCAGCGCCCGCGAGACCAGUGUCACAGCCCAACCAGCCACAGCAGGCCCAAGGCCCAAGAAUGUUGACUCCUCAGCAAAUUGCACAGCUCACACCGGAGCAGCGAGCCAAAUACGAAGCGAUGAUGAGGGCACAGAUGAACAAGGCAGGCCAGAUUCCUCCUCAAGGUGGAAGCGAGAUACUGGCGCGUCUCAAGUCACUAGGACAAGAAGAGCAACGACAAUCUGUGAAAGAGAACGAUCCUGAGAUUCCGAUGUCACAGCAGGAGUACCAGGAGACAGCUGAGAAGCUCAAGAAAAUUGUGGUUGAUAUGAGCAAGAUCGGCCGUGGUUUGAGCAGAUGGUAUGGUCUCACGCGAGAUGACCAAAGAGCGAAGAUGUUUUUCCGAACUCGAUGGAGGAUUCUUAAGCAGUUCUCUGACGGCGAGAAGAUGUCUGUACCUAAAAACGUGUUCACGAUGCGAGCCGUGGAAAUCGAUCAGGCUCGAAAUAUGCUGGAGAGCAUGGCGAAGGAUCUCGCUGCGAGCGUGUAUGCCAGAGGCCUGAAUAAUGCUAUCAGACAAGCCACACCCCAAAAUCAGAAUGCACAGGCUGCCCAACCACAACAGCCAUUCUCUCAACAACAGCAAUCUCAACCUCAACCUGACCAGCCGACGCAACCUCCGGGAGGACAAGCAGCUCCUGCCAAUGCCGAAAACGGUCGCCGGAACUCUCAAGCUCAGAAUACUCCCAAGGGAGGCAAUAAGGGCUCACGGGCCCCAGAAGCUCCUACAAGCGCUCGGCCCCCCUUUCAGUUACCUCCUCAUGGCAAUCCAACUUAUGUCGCACCGUCGAAGGAGCUCAACCUGCAGCUACCGACAGGACGCAAGAAGCAAAAGACUGGACAGACACCCCAGGGCGCUACGCCUUCACCUAAACUUAGCAAGAAAGGAUCCCCUGAGCUCCGAAGGACGUCCGAAACGCAGUUGCCGCCUAAGCCAGUCUUUCUCUGCAAGGAACCCGAGUGCGAGUUUUCAACCGCUGGUUAUAGCACCGAGCAAGUUCUUCAACAGCAUGUCUACGAGGAGCACACGAAGCCUCGAGAAGAUCCUCUCAAGUUUGCUCAGGAGAACCUGGCCUUGGCCCUUGGGCUCGAGCCUGAUGGAACAAUCAAGCGGGAACCAGGGACAGAAGCUGCUGCAAUGAGCUUGACCAACUCCAAGCAAGGCCAGACACCUGUCACCAUGGCCGCAACUCCUGUGUCUAUUACCGAUGCCGGCAUGAAGCGAUCGGCCAGCAGUAUGGGCAAACCCCAAGACAAGGCCGGCCUCAAAGCUGGUACAACCCCCAAGAUGGCGGAUAUCAAGCCGGUUGAAUCGACUGCCGUUGAUCCUUGGGCCAAUGCGACUAUCGAUACGGAGAUGCUGGUGAACAACCUGGGAGUUGAGCGCGGGCACGGAUUUUACGAUAACCCCUACUACGACCUCAACGCUCUCAGCUACUUGACGCCCAGAGAUACACCUGACUCGGUCAAGGACACUGGCAGCAGCGAGCCCAACAGCGAUCUUCCAGAAGGUGCAGCCAUCGACGUUAAUGUGGACUGGCAUAACAUGGAUACCGAUCUGCUCCUGAACAUGACCAACACUUUGGACGCAAGCGGUGUAAUGGGCAUUGACCCCGCAGCGUUGUUCGACCCGCCCGCGUUGCAAGAACCAGACUGGGAAGAUGUCAAGAUGGACUUUUCGAAACCUUUCCAAUUCGACACUAGCCAACAUUACUAUAUGGCGACUUCAUAA